UUGCGCAAUAUACGCCAUGGACCAAGAUUCUGGAGGAGGGAUGGUGCAGCACGUACUUCGGCACCAUCAGUACCACCCUGCUUGAAUGCGGGGUACAGAGACACAGAAGAACAACAAACAAGUCGGACAGAAUUAGACCACACUGAUAUUACGGACAGCGACAUGGAAGAUCAGAAGGAAUCACUUAGGAAAAUUACCAACACACUGGCUCUGAAGAACGAGGAGAUCCAGAACUUCAUAUCUUCGCUGAAGCAGAACCUGGAGAACGUCGAGGCGAAUGCUAACCGUGCUCAAGAGGACCUGGAGGGUGAGUUCAGCUCGCUGUGCUCAGUCCUGGACGAGCUGAAGGAGAGCAUGCUGACCCGGAUAAAGCAGGAGAAAGCCGCCCGAGUUUAUGAGCUGCAGAACCAGGUGAGCACAUGCACCAAAGCUCUGGAGAGUUCAGAGGAGCUGCUGGAGUUGGCCAAUCACACACUGUGCUCCUCAGAGAUCGAUGGCUUCAACCAGGCUGCCAAAGACAUAAAGGAUAGUGUGACAAUGGCCCCCGCCUUCCGGCUCUCACUGAAGCCCAAGGUCAGUGACAACAUGAGUCACAUGAUGGUGGAUUUCACUCAGGAGAGAGACAUGCUACAGGCCAUCAAGUUCCUUCCAGUUCCGUCGACCCCGGAAAUACAGGUGUCUGAGUGCCAGGUGUGUGACAACACAGUGACGGUGGUCUGGACUCUGCCGGAACCCGACACCAAAAUCGAUCACUACAUCCUGGAGCAUCGGCGGACUAAUCACGAGGGCCCGCCACGCGUCCGUGAGGAGCACCCCUGGAUGGUGGUGGAGGGCAUUCGCCAGACAGAGCACAUGCUCACAGGGUUACGCUUUGACACGCGCUUUAUCACAUUCCGUGUAAAAGCGUGCAAUAAGGCCGUGGCUGGAGAUUUCUCGGAGCCCGUAACCCUGGAAACCAAUGCCUUCCUCUUCAAGCUGGACUCUAGUUCGUCCCACCAGAACUUGCGGGUGGAGGACCUUUCCGUGGAGUGGGACAGCAGUGGCGGGAAGGUCCAAGAGAUGCGUAAGGAGAAGAACAGGACCAGCUCACCGAUGAACUCUCCCGCCAGGAAUGCAAUGAUGUCUCCAAAGAGGGCACCCUCGGCCCGGGUGGGUCGUGACCGGUUCACGGCUGAGUCCUACACCGUGCUAGGAGACACCAUGAUCGACGCUGGCCAGCACUACUGGGAGGUCCGGUUUGACAAAGAGAGCAAGGCCUUCGCCGUCGGGGUGGCCCUGCGCUCCCUGGGCCGCUUCGACCAGCUGGGGAAGAGCAGCGCCUCCUGGUGUCUCCACCUCAACAACUGGCUGCAGCAGAGCUUCACGGCCAAGCACAACAACAAGGCGCGCACCCUGGACUGCCCCAUCCCCGACCGCGUCGGUGUCUACUGUGGCUUCGAGGAAGGGAUUCUAUCCUUCUACAAUUCCAGGACCAAACAGCUGCUGCACACGUUCAGAACCAAGUUCCAGCAGCCCGUCAUACCAGCCUUCAUGGUGUGGAAUGGCAGCUUCUCAGUGCAGACGGGGCUGCAGGUGCCCAGGGUGGUGCAGAGCGGCCAGAGGAGGAGCAGCGGCACCAGCAGCUCAAACGCCAGCAUCAACUAAGUUGAGGCCCCUGCCACCGUCGCCGGUCAAACUCACCCCAUGUGGGCCCGCCCCAGUUCUGAGAGUGAUCCAAACCCAUUUCCCAUCACUAAGAACUUUCAACCUGCUCCUGCUAGCGUUUGCGUCCACUAACCCCCCUGUGGAGGGUAGGGGGAUUCUCCUAACUUCUUGUGCCUUUCAGCCUCAUGAAACCUGAGUCACAUGCAGCCACGGAAGCCUGCAUCAUCCACAGAGCAGAGUUUCAUUUAAACCAGAAGGAUAAAGAUCGUUUUUCUGCAAUUACAUCUAUUCUGACGUUUUCAGUUUCUCUUUUUUUCCCCCCAGUCCAAAUUUCAUGAGAAGGCAGCACAAGUACAUGUUAGCAGUCACCGAAUAAGUGCCGUCUGGCUUCUGCUAGAUGGUAUUAUUUUCACUGACAGUGUGAAUGGGGGGGGUGAGUAGGGGAAGGGGGUUAGUCUAUACUAGGAGCACAACUUUGUUGGCUUGGUGUGGUUCAGUGGGCUCAGUGGGACACUGUGCUUGUGAUCGGAUUGUGGCGCCUGACCCCCAAUCUCACCCAGCUCGUCCACACCUGCAACAUGUAAGAAUGUAACUAUGUCUGCUGUAUUGCAAGCUGGGUAUGUGGGUGCCUGAAUUUUACUGGUGUGUACUGCAGUGCACCUGCUCUCUGUUCAUGGGAAUCAGCUGGGACAGAAUCCAGCCAGUGGUUGUCCGAUUGACUUCACCCACCAUUGGACUGCACUGGCAAAUUUAAAUGCAAGGGCAUUUUUAUUGGAUUGUUUUUUUUAGUAGACUCCACAAUGCAUUAAAGCUUCCAAACUAUGAUAUAAACUUGACUUCCUGAUGAUAAAAUGUUGUAAAUGCUUUAAUCUUGUACUCUUUGUCUAGCUGGGCAAAUAAAGCCAGACUGAGACAGUGUACGUU